AUGGACAAUAAUCGAGAGUACGUAGUUGAAGUUAAUAUCACCAGACACAAUGAAACCGACAACGAUAGAAGAAAAGCUCAGGUUGAUAUGCAAAUAGAGACUCCGAAGAGUAGAAAAAGUGGUGAAGGUUCUGGUAAAGGGACAAAAAUGGCAUUGCAACAAGAAGUAGAAAAGCUUAAAAAGAGGCUUAAACAUGAACAAAAUGUUCACAGUGCUUUAGAACGGGCUCUAAGCCGCCCGUUAGGGGCUCUUUCUCGCCUUCCUCCUUAUCUCCCUCCACUGACAUUGGAGCUCCUAGCUGAAGUGGCUGUUUUGGAAGAAGAAGUUGUUAGGCUAGAAAACCAGAUGGUUCAAUUUAGACAAGAUCUAUAUGAAGAAGCUAUCUACGUUUCUUUCUUUAAGAGGAAUCUUGAAAACUUAGCUGAUUUUCAAGAAAAUUGCCAUGCAAAAGAUCGUAAAAUUGAAACCAAUGUAUCAACACCCAUUACUCAGAAAUCCCCAAAUCCAAAAACCAAAAGGGUCAAAGCUUUAUUAAAGCGAUCUCUACACAAACAUAUUUCAGCAGAAAAAUGUCCAAGUCCACAAAAACAACGCUUUGAAGGUAACGGGAUAGAGGGUGGAGAUGUGGGAAAAAGUAGUUUUUAUAUUCAAGAAAAGGGAAUAUUGGGAGAUGAUAGUCCAAAUAAGAUUUCAGAAAGUUUCCUGAAAUGUUUAAUGUUUGUUUUUGCACGAAUGGGCUCAACUUCGCCCUUGAGAAUGGCAGAAAUGCUACCUUCAUUAGAACCAUGUGAGAAUCCAUGGGCAAUGGAUUUUAAAGAUCCGUAUGGUAUCUUUUAUGAAUUUGAGAACACAGAUAUAGGUCCAUAUAAGUAUUUAUACGAAGUUGAAGCAACUACUAUUAACAAAAACCAUACUACAAUCUCUACGUUCCUAGCUCAAAGACUAAAGGUCCUACUAGAGAAACUUGAGUUGGUUAACUUAACAAGCCUUACACAUCAAGAGAAGCUUGCUUUCUGGAUCAAUACAUAUAAUUCGUGCAUGAUGAAUGCGUUUCUUGACCAUGGAAUACCAGAGACACCCGAGAGGAUUGUUGAAUUAAUGCAGAAGGCAACAAUAAAUGUUGGAGGCCAUCUUUUAAAUGCAUUUAGCAUCGAGCAUUUCAUACUGCGAUUACCGUAUCAUGCAAAUCAUAGUUUUGAAAAAGGUUUCAAGAUUAAUGAAGAAACUGCAAGAAGCAUAUUUGGUUUGGAGUUGUCUGAACCACUAGUGACAUUUGCAUUGUCUUGUGGUAGUUGGUCAUCACCUGCUGUAAGAGUGUAUAGUGGUUCAGAAGUUGAAAAAGAACUAGAACUUGCAAAAAGAGAUUACUUACAGGCUGCUGUUGGGAUUUCAACAUCAAAGAAACUGUUAUCAAUACCAAAACUGUUGGAUUGGUAUAUGCUUGAUUUUGCUAAAGACAUGGAGUCGUUUCUUGAUUGGGUAUGCCUUCAAUUACCAAGUGAUAUUAGUCAGGUAGCAAUCAAGUGCGUAGAAAGAACAUUUAGUGAACCCAUUUCAAAUUAUGUUAAAGUUAGCGCUUAUGAGUUUCGAUUUAGGUACCUUUUGUACAAAUAA